AUGCCGACAAUCUCACCCUCUCGUCCUACCCCGCUCAUCCAGAAGUCGCGCCUGAUCUCCUCUAUCGCAGAGCUGGAGGAGACUUUGACGGAGACUCAGGCUGCUGCCGACCUCAUCGAGACAGAAAUCGCCUACAAGGACGCUGAGAUCGAUGGCUUGAAACGGGACAGGGUCAGCCACUCAGGCUCCACGAAGCGCUUCGACGACGCUAUCACUCAAAUCCGAGUCAAAAUCCAGCAGCUUUGCGACAAGUUCGAUGAAAAGAUCGACACAUUGGCUGCCCUCAGAGACAGGCUGGAGAAGAAGAAGGCCAAGCUCGCCGCGAUUGCCCCUGUCGAGUCCACCGACGCCCCUGAUCCCAAGGACGACGAAGAGGCAGCGGCACUACUCGAGAUCACAAGCACUCCGUGGGAACAAGUCUUCGUCACAAGCGACGACGGCAAGACUUUCGUCAGGCCGGCUAUGCUUCGGGGUGUCCCAUCCACACCCAUCACCGAAGACGGUCCGUACUGGGUGCCUACCUGGACAAAAUUCGUCGACGCCAUGGACGCAGAUCGCCUCCAGCGCCAAUACGAAGACGACACUGAUGAGAGGCACGAGAGAAUGCUGCAUGGCCCUCUCACAGACGAGGAAAAGGAGGACUUCGACAAGCGUGACAGGAGGUACUAUCGACUGGCCAAUGAGCUGAGAGUGGUCAAAAGAUGGUUUUGCCCUGGAAAGACGAUGCAUCCAAACCAGAUGAUGGCUAAGGAGCACAUGCCCGCUGAGGGUAUUUGCCAGUCGCACAACCUGUACCAAGUCUGCAACGUCCUCAAUCGUCUCCAAGCUUUGCAUGUCCGAGGCGAGCUGGCUAUGGAGCCGCUCUACUUCCUCCUUUGGCGUAUGAGUGUCAUCUUCGAACGGGGACCGCAUACCGGUGCCAAAUCUUUCUGCAGGUCUAUCGUUGAAGAGGGCCAUCACUCUCUCGAUCCGGUUAUGCGACAAGCCAUUAUCCGCGGCGCUCAGCAUACCAACGACUACAACUUUUAUGGCCGUAAGCUGGACAGAAUUGGGGGCCAACCGCUGUCCAGAACAUCUCAUGUACUGCUAUCGACUUCGACAGAGGAACAACAUGGAGCUGGAACCACUUCUGAGCCAUCAACCGCAACCCCCUCAGGGCUUCGUGGGCCUCGGCUGACGUCUGCAUCAGAAACAUAUGCACCGCAAACCCCAGACACGCCGUCGCCUCGUUCGCGCCGGACUCCGACCAAGAAGCGGGUUCAGACAACUGCCCCGGAGCAAGGCCGACGCAAAAGACGAAAGUCUUCGACAACUAUUCGUCAACGCACACCCGAAGACGAAGUGAUCGUCGUGGACGACUUCACUCCUCCCAAGAAGAUGCGACGACUCGAGUUCAUAAUCCCUUUGCGCCCCAGAUCUUCUGUCGAAACGUUGGACUUUACCGAAAAUUCUGCAGUGGCUUCUUCCUCGACGAGGGCAGCAGUUUCCACGACCGCGAAGACCUCAAGCACAUCCGAAGCAUCUGAGAGAACUUCUCACCGACAAGGUCAGACGAGAACAGGUCUCGUCAGAAUGAGUCGGCCUACCGAUGUCGAGAAGCAUCUCGAAGCAGCGCAGGACGUGAUUAUGGAGGCAAUGACAGGAGGCGAGGAAAUGCAGAAUCAGUGGCUACACAUUGGUACGAGUGGCUCACAGCAUAUGUCGCUUGACAACUUGAACAGCGACGGCCAUUCACGGGAUCUGGCUGAAGAGGAGCAUCAUACUGGAAACCGAGAGUCUGUCAUGUCCAAUGACAGCAGAGAAGACGAAGAUAUGAGCUUGUCGGGCGUUACGGAGGAGGAGAAAGGACUUCUUCCCAGGGAUGAGGAGGUGCAGUUCUUAGCAGAGCAUCCGAGAAUGGAUGUUGGCCCCAGUCCCUUCCCGCGAACGGGUAAAAAAGUUUCGCAUGGGUUCAUCUUCCCGUGGCUCCCUUGCACUGAGCGUGAGGCUAUGGUAACGUACUACUGA